AUGACCUUCCUCUCUCUCUCUUACUGCCCCCUCUUUCUCUCUCAUUCUCUCUCUCUCUCUCUCUCUCUCUCUCCUUCUCUCUCGCUGUCCCCAGCUUUCAUCGAAAAGAAAAGAUCGUUUUUUUCUGUCCUCUUGUCACCCUCAUGUCGUCUUCCUCCUUUUGCUAACACAAUACAACACCUGUGCAAAUUGGACUCUCAAUGGCGCAAUCACUCGGAUUAUAUCUAUCUAUCUAUCUAUCUAUCUAUCUAUCUAUCUCAGUCUUUUCCAAUUAUCUAUCUAUCUCUUCUAUCUAUCUAUCUAUCUCAAUCUCUUCAUCAUGUCUAUGUCAAUCUGUCCAUCUAUCUCUGUCUAUUCAUCAUAUCUAUCUAUCUAUCUAUCUCAAUCUCUUCAUCAUGUCUAUGUCAAUCUGUCCAUCUAUUCAUCAUAUCUAUCUAUCUAUCUCAAUCUAUCUAUCAUAUCUAUCUAUCUAUCUAUCUCAAUCAUCUUCAUCAUGUCUAUGACAAUCUAUCUAUCUAUCUCUAUCUAUAUCAAUCUCUUCAUCAUAUCUAUCAAUCUAUCCAUCUAUCUCUGUCUAUAUAUCAUAAUAUCUAUCAUCAUAUCUAUCUAUGUCAAUCUGUCCAUCUGUCUCUGUCGAUCCAUCAUAUCUAUCUAUCUAUCUAUCUAUCUAUCUAUCUAUCUAUCUAUCUAUCUCUUCAUCAGCGCGACCGUUUCUCUCUUGCCAUCUCCUCUUCUUCCCCUUGUCACUCCGCCCAGGACCUUAUACCACCCUGCUACAUAUUGAUUUCCCUCUUGUCCGAGUCCAUUCCUCAUUUGAUCAUCCCCCCAACUUGCCACCUCAAAUUCUAUUCUCUCCAUUGUAACAUCACACAUUCCCCCUUUUUUCCUACCCGCAUCUCUUCGUCUUGCUUUUUCCCGCUCGCCAUUGUCCCUAAGAGUUCCAUUUCCCUGGCGUUUUCCAAGCAAUGGCGUCCUGCUUUUGCAUGA